AUUUGUUAAUUGUAACGCGUAUAAUGAGACCCCCCCUAGAGUAGAGAAAAAGCGGCUUAGCUUUAUCCACAACAACCAAAAAGCAAUAUAUAAAUAAAUGUGAAGGAAUAGUCAAGAGUGGUGAAAUUGGAAACAGAACAAAAACAGAGAGAAAGAGACAUUGAUUGGUAAUAGCAUCUCAUUGAGUUUCAAUCAAUGGCGUCAAGGAAGGGCUUUCUUUCAAAAGCAAGUUACAUCUUUGGAUCCAGCUCAGAAUCAGAGACCCAUUUGGAGGCAAAAUCCAAAGAGGGUGAUUUGGAGUUGGAUGAAGCUGAGGUGUGGGGUUUUUACAAUAACUCCAACACUGUCACAGAGGGGAAGAAGGGGUUGCGAUCGGCUUUGAAGAGGGGUUGUAGAAAGGUGGAAGGUGGUGGAAGAGUGAGUCCUGUGGCUUCAGCUUCAUUGCCUGUGAAUAUACCUGAUUGGUCAAAGAUUUUGAAGGAGGAUUACAAGGAGCAUAGGAAGAGGGAGAGUGAUGAUGAAGAUGUUGUUGUUGGUGAUGAACCUCCUCAUGAGUACCUUGCUAGGACAAGAGGGGCUUCACUUUCUGUGCAUGAAGGGAGAGGAAGGACUCUCAAAGGUAGGGACUUGCGCAGGGUUAGGAAUGCCAUUUGGAAGAAAGUGGGUUUUGAAGAUUGAUCUUUCAUAAGAUUAGCA